AUGACAGACAACCCAUACCCAGUCGGAACCACCGUCUUUGCCAAGCUCAAGGGCUUCCCCUGGUGGCCUGCUCGUAUUGAAAACGAAGCCGAACUUCCUAUCAACGUCAGCAGCAAAAAGCCAAAGCAAAGACCAAUCUGGCCUGUAUUCUUCUUCGACUCUCACGACUAUGGUUGGUUUGGUACGACCGAAUUGAAGGCCUUCGACCCCGUCGCCGCUGAAAAGGCAAGGUCCUCAUUGCGCACUGCUAGCCACUUGAGAAACGCCCUCAGCGAAGCUUUGGAUCCUAAUCUUCUUGCCGGCAGACUUUCCGAGGCUGGUCAGGAUGACUAUGAUGACGACGAGGAAGAGGAGUCAUUGGAGCAGGAAGUCGCCCCAGCGCGCAAGAAGGCUGCCCCCAAGGCAAAGAAGGCCGCAAAGGCCGAGCCAGUAGAGAAGAAGAGGAGAGCCAGUGCUUCAGACGACCUGCCUGCCAAGGGCAAGCCUUCCAAGAGAGCUAUCCCUGCCGACGAUGACGAGGAUGAGGAUGAGGCUCCCAAGACCAAGAAGCGCGCUGGAGCUGCCGGACGUAACCGCAUGGAGUCUGACAAGAGAAGCGUUGACGAUGAUAUUAGCGCCCCCGAGGCCAGCAAUGGUCGCACCCGGAAAUCAGAGGAGGAUGCUGGCGAUUCUGGCGACCAUGGACGCGCCAAGAAGAAGCUUCGAAGCGGCUCGCCCAAUGAGCGUUUGUUGAAGUUGCGCCACAAGCUUCAGAAGUUGUUGUUGGUCGAGGGACUUUCAGACGAGGUUCUUGUUCAGAAUCUCGAGCGCGCGGAUCCUAUUCUCGCAGAGGUCGAGGCAUUUGAGAUCGAUCUUCAUAUGCUCAAGGAGACCAAGAUUGGCCGUUUGAUGAAAAAGAUUUCCGCACUCCAGUUCAGCCGGGAUCCCCACCAGAUCGUGGACCGGUCAGUCAAGCUGAUCAAGCAGUACAAGAGCAUGAUGGAGAAGGCACAGGAAAACGGAGAGGCAGCCAGCCCGGCGGAAAAGACCGUCGAGACGCCUGUGGCGGCUGCGACACCUGUGGAUAAGGCCGCCAUUGCCGCACAGAAGCCCGUAGGCGUCGAGGGAGUUGUAUCGGACGGAGUCAAGCCCCAGGCGCCUAUUGUCUCGAGUCACAUUUUGGACGUUCCACCUGCACCUGAGGCCGUUGUCGCCGCAGUUGCUGCCAUUGUUGGGACCAAUACCCUUAUUCCAACAGCAGUUACCGAGUCAAAAGUGACAGAGGUGUCGACGACUACGGCAACGGAAGUGACGACGGAGGUUGUUUCGGAGCCAACAACCACCCUGUAA